AUGGAGGACUCCGAAGAUGAACGGGCUUCAUCCACGGUAUCCGAUGCCCUCGCCAAGAUAAGACUGGAUGAAGAGGCCGAAGAGGAGGGCAAGCGGGCAAGAGUCCAACUCACUCUGGAACUGGGCUACCGAUAUCUAUGGGUCGAUCAGUAUUGCAUCAACCAGCUGGAUGCAGUCCACAAGCAGGCCCAGAUAGAGCUCAUGGGCCGCAUCUAUUCCGAAUCACAGCUCGUUAUCAUUGCAGCAGCCGGCGAUUCCUCCAGUCAUGGACUACCGGGAGUUGGUCGAAAAUCUCGAAGACCGCAGCGAAGAGUUGUAGUAGAUGGCAGCUUGGAGCUGAUCGAGCAACCUGAUGCUCAACGCGAUCUGGACAGCAGCAUAUGGGCAUCUAGAGGCUGGACUCUCCAGGAGGGCUACUUGGCACCACGAAGACUCGUCUUCACCGAAAACGAAGUCUUCUACCUCUUCAUCCCCGUCUUAGCUUUCUUGAGCACGCUUGUCGCUGCUGUACCGACCGCUGCAGCGGACGGUCGCGGGGCCACCAUCUUCACCGACAAAAACUUCAACGGCCGGUCAACCGCCAUUCCCGCCAACGACUUCUGCACCGAUAUGAACAACAUCUUUGGCAACUUCGAUGGCAAGAUCCGCAGCGUCACCGUCGAGAAGGGCUACCACUGCAAGUUCUACACUGGCCACGACUGUCCUGCCAACGGCCAGAAGAUGGAAUGCGGCAGCAAGGACCAGGCGUCGGUGUUUGGAGAUCUGGGCACGUUCGACUACAAGAUUCAUAGCGCGUACUGCACGAAGUUAUAG